UUUUUAAAGACCACCUAAGCAAAUUAAAAUCUCGUACCGGCCUAGCAAAUGGUCUUUCUGGUUUAAUGCUUUUAGGCAAUGUACUAGUCGGUGUUUGUUUUAUUCUUACAUCAGUAAUUAUUUGUCAUUAUUGGGCAUCUAACUCAACAAGAUAUCAGCCAGUAGGGAGAGUUGCGAAGAGAACGCUUCCACGCACUCAUCAGGGUAAACGUCGCUCUACCAAAACUACAACCUCAUUAUCCACAAUUGGAGGAAAUAAAAAUUAUCCGUAUACACAAAAUGACGGAUUUUAUCAAAACAAUUCAGAAUUUGAAAAUAAAAAUGAUACAAAUGGACAAUCAUGUAGUUCUAUUAGGGAAGAAAGAAUAAAAAAUAAUAAUGAAUUAAAUGAUAAUUUAAAUAUUGUUUAA